CAUCGUAGGCUAUGAACUAUGAAUUAUGUGCUACGGGCUAUGCGGCUAUUUCUCAGGGCAUCGUUCCAUGUGUGACGUAUAGGCUUACAGGUUAACCUGUGAUAGUAUUUCAUUGCGUUUGAAUUGCAGAACCGCAUAUGUUCGACUCCGAAUGUCAACGUUAAUUAUGUUUAAAUUAAAGUCCUGAAAUGAUAAUACCUGCAGUUGGCUACUGGGGUUCUAAAUCUGAGAGUGCAUGCGGGCACCUUGAGGAUACAGGCUGGUGCUGUGGUGCAGUCUGCCAUUCGCCCAUUGGCUGCGAAUCUGCGGCUCUGACCGGUCAGAAUAAAGACCUAGUCGGGAAAGAUGAGCUCGCACAUGAUGAUACCUUGCUAUAAAUACUCCAAGCUCGAGUAGGCUAUUCUCCUCACAAGCUACUACUCAUGUUUAAUAGACAGGUCCCCAAGUUAUCGACAUUUCAGCUUACUGGCUUUAUCCUUUGGACUAGAACGGAGCGAAUUAUUCAGCAACACUUUAGAAUGGUUAUUGAAAAUGAGGAAAGAGCAACAAGUUGUAGCUUAAGUAGCCUACAACAUAAGUGUUGAGUAUUUAGGACACUGUAGACCCAAACGCAACGAGGAAUAUUAAGGGCAAUUGGAGAAUCUGGAUCCACCUGUUUCCCAUCAGGGUUUCAACCACAGCCUGGGUUUAGCUGAGGGAGGUAAGAAGGGAAGGGGGUCUGUGCCAUUGCGCCUCUGGAUUGCCCAACGCAUGCAAGCUGUUCCACCGCUUUACUGGAUUUAAUACAGAGCUCGGCCAGAAGACUUGGACUCAGAAAACCAACAAAAACACUGCAAAGAAUAAUAAGCCUAGCAACCUGCGAGACUUAUCACCUGGCUUUGAACGUGUUAUCACAAAAAAUUGGUGAUUUGGAGACAGACAGGAGACCACCUUGAAGCGCCUAAGUGGAGAAUGGUGUGACAGACGGAUAGACAGACAGAGGGACCAUAGAAGACCCCCCCCCCCCCCCAGAGGCACGUCAUGGCCACAGUGUCCCUCUUCAGCUUCACCCUCCUCUUCUGCUCCUCUCUCCAUCUCUCACCUGGACAGGUGAUCAUCAGCUCCUCCUCCUCUUCUCUGAAGCCUUCUACCAGCCCAUCGUCUAAACCCACCAAUCAGACGUCUGAAAACGUGUCCUCGUACCCUCCGAGAGGCCGCACUGAUGUGCCAAUCAAAGUAUUUAGCAGAAUAUGGCCCACAAGGACAGAGGUUGGAGGAAUGGUCUCUUCCCCCACACUCACUUUAUCUACUACUCAUACCUUUUCUUCAUUCCCCACCCCAAAGUUAAGCAGUAGACCAGACCAAACAGGGAUUCAAACUGAACUGACUGUUACCAAAGUAACUCCAUCAUCUUCCACAAAAGCCUCAGACUAUACCCGCCACAGUAAUAGUAUUCCUUCCGCUGGGACUGAGCCAGUCACAGUGAACACAGCUGAUGAUGGACCAGUACCAAAGGGGGAUGAGGAUGAUUGGCAGGUAACUGGUUCAGGAAGUGAGCCCUACCCAACUAGAACAGGUGUUGAAGAGGAGUUGCGGGCUGGAUUGACAACAUCUAAUGCUGAAAUGGCUCAGUUUAAACCACAAGCUCAGACCGCCUUCAGCGAAGACCCCUCGUCCAAGAUGGCUGACACCCUGCUGUCUCCCACCAUCAGCCUCACCGAGCAGCCCAGCCUCUCCAACCUGACACCGGCCAAUAGAAACCUCUCGACAGCACCUCCUAAGGUCACACCCAUGUCCAUAGUGACACAGACGACAGUCAGGGUGCGGUUGUUAACACCUAACAACACAGCCCCCUUAGACCAACCUACAGAGCGCCUGGCCACCACUGUAACAUCCCCCACACCCAGAGACUCCACACCUGUCACAACCACUCAGACAGCAGCACCACAAAGAACCACUUCCAGCACCACCCAGAAGCUGACAACAACACCAGAACCUGAAAGAAUGGCAACCAAUCAACAGGCAAAGACAACAGAACUAAGGAGAACUGCAACCACUACAGGGCCCCCCCCUCUCCUCACCACCCCUACCCUUCAGAUUGGUCGAGGGCGGUUUGGCUCCACAGAUCAGUCUGGUCCUCCCCAGCAGAACCGCUCUGUUCGCCUGGGACGCCCUCGCACACCCCCCUCUUCCAACCCUUCCACCUCCCCCGGCUCCUCCCCCUUCCUCAAUGGCACCUCUCUCCACUGGGAUGACCUAAGCCGCACCCUGGCCUUUGCCUGGGAUCUCCACGUCUAUGGCUCUGCUGGGCUCUUCCUCCUCCUCCUGGCUGGAGCUGCCCUGGGCCUGGGCCUCUCCCCCAGCAUGGACUGCCCACACCGUGGCGCCCUGGCCCUGGCCAACGCUCUCCUUCUGCUGGCAGCUGCUGUCAGGGCUGCCCUGUUCCUUAUCGACCCCUACGGAACACGACGCCUGCUCCCACGCCCGGCAGUCACAGCCCUGUACAACCUCGCCCUGCCUCUGCUGGUGUGGGCACAGGCUGCACUGGCACUGCUCGCCAUGAGAGGAGCAGGGCUGAGUCUGUUGCCUGAAUCUUUUGAGAGCGCCCCACUGGCCGCUGUUCUGGCUGUGCUUCAGUGUACCCUGCUACUUGCCGCAGACUUGCUGUCCCCUGCCCUGUCUCCAGCUGUGCCUGUUACCCUGCAGUGCCUGUCCCUUGGCUGGGGUCUGGUCAUCUGUUUGGGCUUCCUCUGCUACGUCUUUCCCCGGCUUGGCUGCCCCCCGGUCCCCAGGCCUGGAGGGUCAGAGGAGCCCAGUCGUAAGGUCUGGGCUGGGGGUCAGAGGACUGGGCUGGUCCUAAGCCGUGUCCUGGCUGUGUGUGGCCUUCUGGGGGCGCUGUGCUGUGGGCUUCAUGUCCACGCCACCCUGUGGCUCUACGGAUUGUUAGGAGAAUGGAGACGCUUUGGCUGGGGCUGGUGGCUAGUGCACUUCUGGGCCCGUCUGCUGGAACUGGCCUGGGGCUUCUCCCUGCUCCUGCUGGCCUCCUGGGUGUUCUGGAGGCCCCGGGGGAGCCAGGGUAGAGGAGAGGGGGCUGGCGGGGAGGGCAGGGCAGGAGGGGAUCUCCCCUCCCCAGGCCAGUCAUCCGGCUCCACUCAGAGACACACCUGCUGGUCUAAGAUCGUCCAGAGCCUGAGAGGGAAGCCCUGUAGAAAGUCUGAGAGUAAUGGAGUCGGAGGAGGAGGGGCAGGAGGAGGAGGACCAGGAGAGCUGCCCAAUAACUGGGCCGGUCAGGACCGCCCAGGAGCUGACAUCAGCAAGAGUCUGAUCAGAAACCAGAACCCAGAGCAGCCCCCCCCCCAACCACGCAACGUUAAGGACAGCAACUGUGGACGCAACCAGAGGGGCAGGUCUGCAGACCGGGGGGUGUCAGAUGGCUCCACGGGGUCUUUGCUGCGGCUGCAGGCCUUGGGCAGACCCCAGCGCUCUCUGUGCGGCAGUCUGGAGCGGGAGAAGGAAUCUGGGUUGUCUCUGUACGAGUUUGACCUUCGACCCCCAUCCCCCAUUGAUCUGAGCCGCAGCAUCGACGAGGCCCUGCACAGAGAGCACCUCCUCAGGGGGGGCAGCCUGUUCCAGCCCCUGUGCGCCCCUUCACCUUCCCCUUCCCCCUGCUCAGGGGGCAGUCAGGGGCCGUGGCUCCGCAGAAACAGCGACCCCCAGCUGGUCUCGGACAGCAGUGACGAUCACUCUGCUCGCACAGAGUCCUCCCUGCCUCUUGGGGGCAGUGUGAUGAGCAGUGUGCCGAGCAGGCAAGUCACAGCACCUCCCACACCCUCCCACCAGGGUCACAGGUGGGCCGGGGACGGGGGAGGGAGCGUCCCCUCCUCAGUGUCCUGUCCCGUGUCCCUUCGGCCCUCCAGGACCUCUACAGGCCACCUGGGUGACGAGAUGGGAGAUGACACACGGCCCUUCCUCACCCCAGACUCAGAGAGGGAGCGGGGCCGGGCGGGGAGGGAGGCAGGGAGGAGCUACUUAGAGGUCAGCCGGCAGGAAGACUCUGCCAGUGUGAGCAGUGAGAUCAUCGACCUCUGAACUCUCACUACCUACCCACAACAGCAGGACCAAGGACUCAACCCCAACAAGACUAUUAUCAAACUAGAUCUAGACUGACAGACAGAUGUUUGACGUUUAACUUAACAUUGACUCAAUGGCUAUAUCAGAGCUGCUUGAAGAGGAGGGACAGGAGGACCUCCAUAAUCCCAGGCCCAUUGGCAUCCAGCUGCCCUCCAGUUGUGGCUUACUCACCAGACUGGUUCAAAGAGCACACAGAUUAGCAACACAGAAAAUUAAUAAAAAACAUACUGGUGUCCCUUUGACCUACAGGUUUCAUUCCAAGUCUCGCAUACAUGCAUUCUGUUCUAGAGAUUACCAUUCAAAGCGGUAUGGUGAAAGCGGAAAAGGGAUUGGCUCCGGAUUUAUAAUGUGGUCGAAUGAGUUGUAGGAACACCCUAGCAUUUGACAGGCCAUUAGGUUUGACGGUUUUGGGAUAAAGGUAACUGAGGCCUUGUGCUCCCUGUGAAAAUGACGUCAUCAUACUGAAUUGUUUAGCUUCUAUAGUGUUUAAUUGUUCAAAUAUUUCAAUUUGAUGCAUUUGUUUGUGAUGUGAAGAUAUGUGCCAUAUCCUGUACAAUAACCAAGCUGAAGUCAUGUUGACGUAGAUAUACAGUACAUACACAUUACCAGAUUGACGUCCUGUGUCUAUAUCUAGAUAAUAAGUAUCAAUAGUUCCCAUGAAGAAAGCAGGAUUACAGAUUAUAUGCUCCAAAAAAGCUGUUGCAACGCAGUUAUAUGAUAAUGUGAGGCUUAUUAUGUAAGACAGCCAAACAAAACAAGCCCCUGAAGACGCCUCUGACACACUGUAAGCCCAUUGACCUGUGCCGCUGUGGCAGUUGCCUCUAGCAGGGUCUAAAAACAGUUGGUUUUAUAUUACAAGACAUUUAAGUGUGAAACUGGUCUAUUUUAUAUGAAGUAUCUGGUCAAGCCUUUAGUAUUUCCUCAUUCAACAAGCAUGCACCAUUCAGUCUUUGAUCACAUUUUGUCAUAUCUCCUAAUAUUACUACGUGCUGACCAGUGAGUAUAAGUUAUAUAUAAUUAUGAUAUAAUUCUAUCAGUGCACACACUGUUGUUGUUCUACCUGGAAUGCUUCACAGCUUUUCAGAGCUGCCCCACACAUCUCUGAGCCUGGUUUAAACAUCAGUACUCCUGUAGAAACACAAAUGAAAAGUAUUAGUAUUAGUACUAAAGUAUUUUUACUACCAAAAGGAAGAUAUGAUGUAACAUAAGAAAUUAUGUAAAUACUGUUAUUUUUGAUGUUUGUAAAUAGAGGUGCGUGAACAAAAGGUAUUUACUGUGAAAGACAAUCUGAAAUGGUUUUACUUGUGUGUCUGUAAAGGCAACUACAGUUAUCAGAGUGAUAACUGAUAACUGAGGAUGACAUUUGGAACACUGCUAAUGAAUAUGGAUGGAACCAGAAAGCUGUUAGUAGUUAAGGACUUUCUGGGCUUUGUUCAUGAUUUUUAAUGUAGAGGGGUUUUACUAAAAUCAUCUUUUGUGGAAUUAUUCUAGAACUUGCCUUCCCUUUAGUUGUCUUGGCAUUCAGUGUGAAGCAGAUAUUGAUACAACAAGCCUAACCCAUGUGGAGUUAUGUCUGUUCAUUCCUGUAUCUUGAACAGAGUCUAGGCUGUCUCCUCUAAGACCUAAGUUACCACCAGAGCUCCACCAGAGCUGGCUCUUCCUCUGCCGUAACUGCAGUUUCUCCCUGUGACGUGAAAUGCUUGACUUGGUUUGUAUUUACAGUCAAAUGUGGUUUAGUUGUUGACAUUCCAAGGAUCCAGUAAGAUUUCAGUGCAACCAUAGCACCUGUUCUUCCCUUCAUCUCAUCACAUGGGAGGUGGGACCAUCAGUGAUUGACAGUUAUAGUGGGCGUGCUUGUGUCGUUUUUUCCACCAUUACAGUAUGUGCCAUAGUAAACCAGCCUGUACUUAUCUGUUCUCACUUAUCACAGAGCAGAUAUUCUGUAUUAGAGAUUUUACAUCAUAUUCCUUCGCCAUCAUUCGCUCAUUGAAGUUGUAUUUUUGUGCUGCAGCCUCAUAUCUGGUUUCAAAUAAAUACAAUAAAAUGUU